GCGGGCGGCACGUGGUGGCGCCGCUGGCAGCCCCGUGUGUGGGCGCUCUUCGAGGACCCCUACUCGUCGCGGGCCGCCAGGUAUGUAGCCUUCGCCUCCCUCUUCUUCAUCCUCAUCUCCAUAACCACCUUCUGCCUGGAGACCCAUGAAGGCUUCAUCCACAUCAGCAACAAGACGGUGACACAGGCCUCCCCGAUCCCCGGGGCUCCACCAGAGAACAUCACCAAUGUGGAGGUGGAGACGGAGCCCUUCCUGACCUAUGUGGAGGGCGUGUGUGUGGUCUGGUUCACCUUCGAGUUCCUCAUGCGCAUCACCUUCUGCCCCGACAAGGUGGAAUUUCUCAAGAGCAGCCUCAACAUCAUCGACUGUGUGGCCAUCUUGCCCUUCUAUCUCGAGGUGGGACUCUCAGGCCUCAGCUCCAAGGCUGCUAAAGACGUGCUGGGCUUCCUGCGGGUUGUCCGCUUUGUCCGAAUCCUUCGCAUCUUCAAGCUCACGCGCCAUUUUGUGGGACUGCGCGUGCUGGGCCACACACUCCGUGCCAGCACCAACGAGUUCCUGCUGCUCAUCAUCUUCCUGGCACUGGGCGUGCUCAUCUUCGCUACCAUGAUCUACUACGCGGAGCGCAUCGGCGCUGACCCUGAUGACAUCCUGGGCUCCAACCACACCUACUUCAAGAACAUCCCCAUCGGCUUCUGGUGGGCCGUGGUCACCAUGACGACCCUGGGCUACGGAGACAUGUACCCCAAGACGUGGUCGGGGAUGCUGGUCGGGGCACUGUGUGCCCUGGCGGGGGUGCUCACCAUCGCCAUGCCCGUGCCCGUCAUUGUCAACAACUUUGGCAUGUACUAUUCGCUGGCCAUGGCCAAGCAGAAGCUGCCCAAGAAGAAGAACAAACAUAUCCCCCGCCCCCCACAGCCUGGCUCUCCAAACUACUGCAAGCCCGACCCUCCCCCGCCCCCCCCGCACCACCCCCACCACGGCAGUGGUGGCAUCAGCCCCCCGCCCCCCAUCACCCCACCUUCUGUGGGGGUGACUGUGGCUGGGGCCUACCCACCGGGCCCCCACACGCACCCCGGGCUGCUCAGGGGGGGAGCGGGUGGGCUCGGGAUCAUGGGGCUGCCUCCUCUGCCAGCCCCUGGGGAGCCUUGCCCAUUGGCUCAGGAGGAAGUCAUUGAGAUCAACCGGGCAGAUCCACGCCCCAACGGGGACCCUGCCGCAGCUGCGCUUGCCCACGAGGACUGCCCAGCCAUCGACCAGCCCGCCAUGUCCCCGGAAGACAAGAGCCCCAUCACCCCCGGGAGCCGAGGACGCUAUAGCCGGGACCGAGCCUGCUUCCUCCUCACCGACUAUGCCCCUUCCCCUGAUGGCUCCAUCCGGAAAGCCAUUGGUGCUCCCCCACUGCCCCCCCCAGACUGGCGUAAGCCAGGUCCCCCAAGCUUCUUGCCCGACCUCAACGCCAACGCUGCAGCCUGGAUAUCCCCCUAGCGGACGAAUCCCCUCCCCCCGGGCUCUUGUCACCGCCUGAGACCUCGCGAGACCCUCGGUCCCCCCCUGCCCCUUCCCCCCAGGUUACGAGAAAUCCCGCAGCCUGAGCAGCAUCGCGGGCCUGAGCGGGGUGUCCCUGCGCCUGGCGCCCCUUGCCACUCCCCCUGGUUCUCCCAGGGCCGCCCGCCGCGCUCCCCCAACCCUGCCCUCCAUCCUCUAGCGCUCCCCUCCCCCCCGUGGGGGGACUCGGGGGUGACAGGGAAGAAGGUCAAAGGAGCUGGGGGUGGGGGGUGGGGGAAAGGGUUUUUUUUUUAAAAAAAUCAAAAAGUCAUUAAUAAUAUGCAACCGAGACGACGACGCCAGCAGACACCCCCGGACCCCUCACCCCCACCUGGGCUCCCAGGAUGGAGGGGGAGGAGCCAAAGUCCAGCCCCCCCCAACUCUCCACUCCCCCACUCCCAAAUAAAGCCUUCUCAGGUCUCCAUGAGCCAUAG